GAAAAAAAAAUAGCUUAAUCGGGCUCUAAUUUCAACAUUUCAAUUAGUGUAAAUACUUUUGCGGUACUUUUUGGAUUAGUACAUUUUACAUAUGACACGAGCGAGCACGUAGCGAUAAGAUUAGCGACGAGAUUCCCACGGAAAAUUUGGUCGCUUUGGGCCAAGAGUGAACGCAAAAAAGUCUCCCCUUUUUUUUUAACCACUAAAUACUUUUUACCAAAGUCUUUUCGGUAAAUCUCUAUCGCUGGGCAUCGCUAAAUUAGCUGCUAAGACAAACCUCGUAGUAGAGUAAGUAGGAAACGACGAACAAAUUGCAGAAUUUCACGUCUUUCGGCACACACAACAAGACGGGCGGCGAGAUUCAAUAAAAACUCUUCAUUAUGCAAAAAGACUAGCGCAUGAAGGAAGUUUAGAAAUAAUUCAGCAAUCCUUAUAGCGAAAAUAGCACUUGACCAAAAAAAACAAAGAAAAAACAACAAAAAAUAUCCAGACUUGAUUUUUUUUCGGAAGUUCAAAGAAGCGACGAUAUGACAUUUGAUGCGAGACGUCAACAAGUGACUGAGCCCAGCUCGGCAACAACCACAAAUGAUCAAACGACGCCGGCAACGGAAGCAGCGACGACAACAACGAGCACAGAGGAAAAUCCGCAGCCUGAAAUGUCGACAGAAGAGUUGAUUGCGUCGUUUCCCGUCGCAAAACUCACGUCGCUUAACAUCAAAAUUUCGAGCCCGCGAUGGGUUGUUCCCGUAAUGCCUGAACAGGAGCUCGAGUGUUUGCUAAAUGCGGCAAUUAAAUUGUCCCAAGCCGGUGUCGAUGCCGAAUGUGAGCCGUGCCUCAAAUUCUAUCGCGACGAACUGAGUACGUCAUUCAUAAAAAUUCUCACGGAUGAGGCUGUCAGCUCGUGGAAAUACAACAUUCAUCACUGCAUUCUCAUGUCGUGCGGCAAACUCUUGCAUUUAUGUGCGUUGCACAUGCGGGACGACAAUCCCUAUUUGUUGGAGUUAUUGGGUAUCGUGCUAGAUCCGGAAAAUAAAUUUCAUACACAUAACGCGUCGCGACAUCCGGAGCUGUAUGUGCCCCAAAGUCAACAGCCAUCGACGAGUGGGACAGCGGCGGCGCCAACAACUGCAGCACCAACAACGUCAAAUACCGAGCAUUGGGGCACACUUACGGAAAGUCAGGUGUUUGCACGUCCCCCGCCCGAACCACGAAGCCCCAAAGGAUGGCUCGUCGACUUGAUAAAUCGCUUCGGGCAAAUGGGCGGUUUCGAUAAUUUGCUUGAACGAUUUAACGUCGGUAUUGCGGCGAUGUUGCAGAAAGUAGCGGAAGUCGAAAAUUUGUCGGUUGUUGCUUCAACGCUCAGCUUGAACGACGACACGUCACGCAAAGUUUCGACAACUUCGAUGUCAUCGACGGCGACGUCAACAGCAAAUACCGAAGUUGGAUCAAAGUCACUUUCGCUCUCCUUGAUUUACGCUUUAAUUAAGCCCUUUGGACAAUGCGCCGACUUGCUCACACUCCCAACAAUCCAGAAAUAUUUCAUGCCGAUUUGGGAGUUCAUCCUCAAUUUGCUCGACAAUUUGUCGGAUAACGAGCUCAAACGCGAAGCAAAGCUCGAAGGCAAAAACGACACGAUUAAUGGGAUUGUAAAAUCAGCUCGAGCACUCAUCGAUCGUGUUCCAAAUCAAGAACAACUCCACAAAAAAUUCGAAAUGUGUCGUCUGCGGAUAAUUUUGCGAGUUUUGCAGAUUUCGAGUUUCAACGGAAAGAUGAACGCCUUGAACGAAAUCAAUAAAAUGCUGAGUUUGGUUUCGUGGUGCCCCCAAACGCCGGAUGACGAUGUCGAUAUCUUGACAGCCGACAAAAUGGCAAAAUGGAUAAAGGAGGAAGACGUUUUGGGCAUUGUGCUGAAGGAUUCUUUGCAUCAACCGCAAUACGUGGAAAAAUUAGAGAAAAUUUUGAGAUUUUUAAUUAAAGAAAAGGCACUUACCCUCGACGAUUUGGAUGCUGUGUGGCGUGCGCAAGCCGGAAAACACGAGGCAAUUGUGAAAAACGUUCACGAUCUCUUGGCGAAACUUGCUUGGGACUUUAAUGCUCAGCAGUUGGAUCACUUAUUUGAAUGUUUUCAGACAAGCAUGAAGACUGCCAACAAAAAACAGCGUGAACGUCUCUUGGAACUCAAUCGUCGAUUAGCGGAAGACGAUAAAAACGGCGUAAUGGCUUACAAAGUGCUUCAAUUGUUCUGGACAUUAGCUCAUAGUCCCGAUAUUCCGCCAGAAGUGCUUGAUCAGGCGCUUGCGAGUCACGUUAAAAUCUUGGAUUACAGUUGCUCACAAGAACGAGAUGCCCAAAAGACUGUUUGGCUCGACAAAUGCGUCGAAGAAUUACGUGCGGGAGAUAAUUGGGUGUUGCCAGCCUUGAAACUCAUCCGCGAUAUUUGUUGUUUGUAUGAGGCAACGCCGAAUCAUGCGCCUCGAGUGCAUGCGCAUCCCGUUUUGAAUCGACAACAGGUGAUAGAUCGCCUUCAAACGGAACACACAUUGGUGAUUCUCGUGACGCAGAGUCUCACGACGUACAUGGAUAAGAUCCGGGCGAUUGUGAGAGAACAACCCGGUGUGAGACCAAUGGAGCUUAUGUUGGAUAAACGGUAUCCUCAUCCACAACAGAUCCAAGAAAGACUGGAAUUCCUCAAGUUCCUUUUGAAAGACGGUCAAUUGUGGUUGUGCGCGGAUCAAGCGAAACAAAUUUGGCAAUGCCUUGCCGUAAAUGCUGCCUUCGCCAGCGAUCGCGAAGAGUGUUUCCGAUGGUUUGGCAAACUCAUGGGCGACGAGCCUGAUCUCGAUCCGGGCAUCAACAAGGAUUUCUUCGAGAACAACUUGUUGCAACUCGAUCCAGUAUUACUCACGGAAAGCGGAAUCAAGUGUUUCGAGCGUUUUUUCAAAGCUGUGAACUCGAAGGAGGAAAAACUAAAGGCAAAAAAUCGAGGGUACGUGCUCGACGACGAAGACCUGAUCGGAAAAGAUUAUUUGUGGCGCGUCAUUACGACGGGCGGCGAAGAUAUCGCAAACAAAGCGAUUGAAUUGCUUAAAGAAGUGUCAACGGCACUCGGACCUCGACUACAAGCAAAGAUCGAAGAGUUUCACGAGAACUUUAUUGGUGAAUGUUGCGACAGAUUGAAAGCUCUGAUGGGAAAUAUAAUUGUUUUGACGAAAAUUGUGGACGAGCAAUCGACAAAAACAGAAAUGUCGGCAGAAACGAAGGAAAUUCAGAUGCAUCGCAUGAACGAAGCGGAGAAAAUGUGUCGGAUAGUGCGAGUAUUGCAAGAGUACAUCAAGGAAUGCGAUCGAACGUUUUAUGGCGAUCGUUAUUUUUUGCCAUUGUCGCGUGCAUCACGCGGAAAACACAUUGUCUUGUACGUGAGAUUCCAAACGCCGGGCAAAGCCCUUGAUGAUAUCGAAAUAACGACUCACAGCAACGAAAUGGUAAUUUCCUUCAAACGAAAUUUGUUGAAACGGAUCAAAGCGACACCCUUUAACAACAUCAAAGUCGACUUGUACAACAGUAAUGGCGAAUUAAUUGAAGUUACGGACGAACGAAACCCCCUGAUUCAGUAUAACAUCAGAGACAAGACGAUGAUCAAUGCGAAACUCACGCCAACGAGCACCGGAAUGACAAGUUCUCCGGAAACGUCGAGUGAUAGCAGUACAGGAUCCCCAUUACGCCCAUGCCCCGACAUGCAGCGACAAGAAACUGAAGCAACGUUGCCGGGUGUCAUCAUUUCGCUGAAACCAGUGUAUAUCGAGCUCUUUUUGAAAAUCUACCAAAUGGGCAGCGAAUUGGAACAUAAUGCCUUGCGGGAUACGAGUCGUGCAUUAUUGCAUCUUUUACCGCUGGAUCGUCACACAAUUCAACAAAUUCACGAAAUGUGUCGCGAACGCAUGAAUGUCACGACGGAAAAUCAAGCAAAUGAUCAACUGCCGACGCCGGAAAGUCUCUUUCUCUCAGCCGAUGCCUCCAAAGUGCUUUAUAAUCUCGAGGUUUUGCAUGCUUUGCUGAUUCCCGCACUGGAUCCCUUGAGUGAACAUACGCAACAGCUUCAACUAGCAUGGCUACAUUCGGGCGUAGCGCAUUUCGUGCUCGAUCUCUUGACGAAAAAUAAUUUUUUGUCGAAUGCCGAUGCCUAUACGCGACGUGCCGCCUUCCAAUGUGUCCUGAAAUUGGUGAAACUCUUCUUGUACAUUGUUGGUUGUGUGUUAUCGCGUGUUGGAGAUGAACCUACUUCCUCGUCGUCGUCAUCUUCGCAAUCGGAUGGCGCAAGAUUACAUGUUGACAUGCUGAAACAUGCAUUAACCACAAUUCCCGGCAGUUCUGAAUACACUUUACGUACAAUUGCAUCGAAAAUGGCAGCUAAUUUGGCGGAACAGAUGUUAUCGGCAGGCGACGAAGGCGACAGAUGUCGUGCUUUAUUCCAAUCUGCACUUCAAUGGUCCUUGCCGGAUACCGCAACAAUUAAAGCGAUCGUUCAACUUGCUUGGGCAACGGCAAAUGGCAACUUACAGCUCACGGGAAAGCAGGAAAUUCGUCCUACGAAUGCGACACCCGAUCAAUUCGACUUGCAAGUGUGUCGCGAGGCGCUGGAAGUGCUCAGUAUUAGUUUAGUUUUGAAUUCGAGUGCGAACGAGGCGUUAAUUAAGGAUCCCAUGUGGUCGACUUUCAUCACGUCGUUGUUGAUAAUGAAUCCGUCGCGUAAUGUGAGACAAGCAGUUGCCGAACAACUUUUAGUUAGUUGCACAUAUUGUGCCGCCGACAAGCAACCUUUCGUAUUUUUAGCGAAAUUGCUCGUCAAUUCCCUUCAUACACUCGUACCGCAACACGCAGCGACUUGUGCUGAAUUUUUCCAGUUACUUUGUCGUACCAUCAACUAUGGAUGUGUCUACAAUUGGUCCUUGUCACUCAACGAAAACCUCCUUUCGCAAGAAAUUUCGUGGUUGCACACGAUUCGGGGUAACGUCAAAACAACUGGAGACUCGCAAGUGCAUGAAGAUUUGCUCGCGGGACACUUGUGCUUGGCAAAAGAGUUGCUCGUGUUCCUGAAUCCCGAACUAAAAGCCCAACUUAACUCGUUGAUCUUGGAAUUCAUUGAUGACUUUUUGUUUCCCGCGUCACGGCAAUAUCUUCAAAUGCGUCGAACCGGAUCAAUUGUCGAUUGCAAGGGCCCGCCGCCAGUUUGUCGCACUCCUCAUACAAUUGCCGCCGCUUGUGACUUACUUGUUGCUUUGUGUCAACAUUGUGUCCCGAAUAUGAAGCUUCUGGUAGCAACUUUGAUCGAAAUGUUCAGCGCUGACACGGAACCGCUUAAAGAAUGGGAAUAUUUGCCUCCUGUUGGUCCAAGACCCAAUCGGGGAUUUGUCGGAUUGAAAAAUGCGGGUGCUACAUGCUACAUGAACUCGGUUUUGCAACAACUUUUUAUGGUACAGUCGAUUCGUGUGGGAAUUUUAAGUGCUUCGGGCGCCGCAACUGACAUGAAUGAGGAUUUUACAGGAGAAACUGAGCCGAUCAAGAGUGACAUUGAUAGAUUUUACAACACAACAGAAGAGAACAAUACUCGCAAGAACUACCACGUAGGCAUCCUAAAGUUCGUACAAGCGAUUUUCGCUCAUUUGGGUCAUAGCGCUUUGCAAUAUUACAUCCCGCGAGGAUUAUGGACCCAUUUUAAAUUACAAGGAGAACCCGUUAAUUUGCGUGAGCAACAAGAUGCUGUCGAGUUCUUUAUGUCACUCUUCGAGAGUCUUGACGAGGGAUUAAAGGCCUUAGGACAUCCGCAACUCAUGGGAGCAACAUUAGGCGGUAGUUUUAGCGAUCAAAAAAUUUGUCAAGGAUGUCCCCAUCGAUAUUCGAAAGAUGAGCCCUUCAGUGUUUUCAGUGUCGAUAUACGGAAUCACAGCUCAUUGACUGACUCGUUAGAACAAUACGUAAAAGGCGAAUUAUUAGAAGGAGCUGAUGCUUAUCACUGUGAUAAAUGUGACAAAAAAGUUGUCACUAUAAAACGUCUUUGUGUUCGAAAAUUACCCCCUGUGCUGGCAAUUCAACUUAAAAGAUUCGAAUACGACUACGAACGAGUGUGUGCAAUCAAAUUUAAUGACUAUUUUGAAUUUCCGCGACAUUUGGAUAUGGAACCUUACACAGUAUCUGGUUUGGCAAAAAUUGAGGGCGAAGUGAUCGACAUCGAAGAUAAUAUGAACGAAGAGCCGCCAACGACGAAAUAUCAACUCACGGGUAUCGUCGUUCACAGUGGACAAGCCUCUGGAGGACAUUACUUCAGUUUUAUCUUGCACAAGCAUCCAAAUGGCACGGAACAAUGGUAUAAAUUUGACGAUGGCGAAGUUAGUGAAUGCAAAAUGCAUGAAGAUGAAGAGCUCAAAGCUCAAUGUUUCGGCGGCGAUUACAUGGGAGAGGUAUAUGAUAACAACUUGAAACGCAUGCAAUAUCGACGUCAAAAACGUUGGUGGAAUGCUUAUAUGCUCUUCUACACGAGAUGCGAUCAACAACCGAUUCAAUUUAAAAACAGCAUUGAGCAACUUUGUCUUGCCGAAAGCAAGGAUUGUGUAUUGCCGAUGCCAGAACCGAUUGAAAGAAGUGUUCGUACCCAAAAUAUAAAAUUCUUGCAUGCACGAAGCAUGUUCUCCGUCGAAUUCUUCACAUUUAUUCGAAAAAUCGUUAAUUGCACUGCUCCGCCGCCAAGGUCUGAUAAACUGCCACAACACGUUGAGGAACUAUCCUUAUUAGGCAUCCAAUUGGCAUCGCAAUUCUUGUUCCACUCAGGUCUCCGAACGAAAAAGACGUUGCGUGGUCCAGCAAUUGACUGGUAUGACGAUUUUCAAAUGAACUCUAAUAGCUGGUACGACGUUCUUUGUCAACAUAUUCGUGUAUCAUCAAACGUGAGACGUUGGUUUGCCGCAAAUGUCUUACUUAAUCCAGCUUGUCGCUUAGGCGAAUACAUCCUCAUUGCUCCAUCGCCCGAAGUUCGCACCGUUUUCGUAAAGUUGGUUGUGUUCUUCUGCCAUUUUGCCAUCAACGACGAUCCAUUGUCCAACUUUGACGGAGAUAAUUUGUGCGAACAAGUGCUUAUUGCUGUCCUGAGUCUUUUAAAAUCGGAAGUUGCCGAACAUGGAAAACAUUUACCGCAUUACUUUAGUCUUUUUAGCAUGUAUUCGACCUUAGGUGUGCAGGAAAAGCAUCAAUUGUUAAAAUUGAACGUUCCUGCGAUAUUUAUGCAAGUUGCAUUAGAAGAAGGUCCAGGACCUUCUAUAAAGUAUCAGUAUCCGGAUAUUAGUAAGUUACAUCAGGUUGUAUCCAAUUUAGUGAGAUCAAGUGACAUUUCUGCACGAUGUGUGAGUUCAAACCAGUCACCAAUUAGACCAAAUAUCUAUGCACAACCCAAUGUACCGUCAGAUAGUUUUCUGCCAUUGUCGCAGGAAGCGCAGGAAUUACUCUUUAUUCGUACAGGUUAUGUCAAAAAGCUUAUUGAGGACACCAAUGGCGGCGAUGACGUUGUGAAGUUGCUACAAUAUUGCAGUUGGGAAAAUCCUCACUUUUCACGAAAUCUAUUGACUGAAUUGCUCUGGCAUUGUGGCUUUGCGUAUUGGCAUGACAUGCGACAUCACACGGAACUGCUCUUGAGCAUCCUUUUGAUCGAAGAUUCUUGGCAGCAUCAUAGAAUUCAUAACGCCAUUAUGGGCAUCUCCGAAGAUCGCGAAGGUCUCUUGGAAACCAUAAUCCGUAACAAAAACAAUUACCAAAAACGCUCGUAUCAGUGCAUCAAGUGCAUGGUUCAGCUCUUCACACGCAGUCAAGUUGCUCUAACGAUGCUCAACACAAACCAAGUGCUCGCACGACAAUGGACGCAAUCCGUUGAAUGGCUCCAAGACGAGCUCGAUCGACAACGAACGAUUGGCGGUCAAUAUAACUUCAGUUCGUGGUCACCGCCAGCCCAAAGUAACGAAAGCACGAACAGUUUCAUACUCGAAAGGUCACUUUCGGCGAAAAAUGUCUUACGACGGGCAUUGGAAUUGUGUCCUGAUGAGGAAGCUGACGAACCAAAUGAUAUAGAAGUCGAUCCGAUUGACGACCAACAAAAUGGCGAUCAAGACGACGAUCAACAAGUACCGAUCGCGACAAUUUCAAAUAUGGUCGAUAAAACGGGAGCUCAAUUCUCCGCAGCUCCGCCCUCAAGUCCCAUGCAUCAAGCAAACUCGCCAUCUUCACUGACAGAGACUGAAACCGGAGAUUCAGCACCAAAAAUUGUCGCUAGUAUAAGUAAAACGUCUCUUAAUCAGCUAUCAUCUGCCGAUAACACAUCAACAUCUGACACAGGAACUACCCAAAUCCACAAUACGUCGACAGAAACCAAUUCGGUAAGCCCCGUUUCGAUGGAACAAACCUAGAAUACAGAGAAACUGCGUCAAAAUAUUUGUCAUGGAUUUUAAAAGAAAAGAUAUUUAAUACGAGCACGACUUUCUACUUAAAAAAAAACAAGAAAAAAAGAAAACAAAAAAAAUACAUUAUUAUAUAGUCACACUUUUGUAUAAAAAAAAACAACAUUUAUCACAAAAACCUAAAAUAUUCACCAAAAAGGCUUAACAUUGACGUUAUUAAUAUUGAAAUUUCCACUGUUAAUUAUUAUUAUUAUUAAAAAAUAAACGUUUUUAACAUAUAUUAUCAUCAUUAGCU